GUGUCUAGCCUGUACCUGUACGACAGUGUGCUGAUGUUGGCCAAUGCCUUCUACCGGAAGUUAGAGGACAGGAAAUGGCACAGCAUGGCUAGUCUGAACUGCAUGAGGAAGUCAACCAAGCCCUGGAAUGGAGGCUGGUCCAUGUUAGACACAAUCCAAAAGGGGCGGAUUUCUGGGCUAACUGGUUUAAUGGACUUUCGAAGCAAUGGGGCAAACUCUCAUGUCCAGUUUGAGAUCCUGGGGACAAGUUACAGUGAGACUUUUGGAAAAGAUGUGAAGCGGCUGGCGACAUGGGAUUCUGAUCGUGGGCUGAACGGCAGUCUGAGGGAGAACCGGGCUGAGCAUGGCAUGCAAGGAAUUACUCUGAAAGUGGUGACCUUACUGGAGGAGCCGUUCGUAAUGGUGGCAGAAAACAUUCUAGGUCAGCCCAAAAGAUAUAAGGGAUUUUCCAUAGAUGUUCUAGACACCCUGGCCAAAAUUCUGGGCUUUAAGUAUGAAAUCUAUCAAGUGGCUGAUGGGAAAUAUGGCUCUCCUCAGGCCAAUGGGUCUUGGAAUGGACUGAUUGGAGAACUAAUAGGGAAGAGGGCAGAUGUGGCUAUUUCAGCCAUCACCAUCACUCCUGAUCGAGAGAAUGUAGUGGACUUCAGUAAACGUUACCUGGAUUAUUCUGUGGGAAUCCUAAUGACUAAAACAGAAGAGAGACUCAACAUCUUCUCCUUGCUGGCACCGUUUGACCUAGCGGUGUGGGCCUGCAUUGCUGCUGCCAUUCCUGUGGUGGGUGUCAUGGUCUUUCUGCUCCGACGCAUCCAGUCUGUCCGCUCCCAGAAUCCUCCUGGGCCCCACCAGCCUGCUUCUGUCACGACAUCUUUCCAGAGUGCCAUCUGGAUCGUCUACGGAGCCUUUGUACAGCAAGGUGGUGAAUCCUUAAUGAGUUCAGUGGCUCUCAGGAUUGCAAUGGGAAGCUGGUGGCUGUUUACCCUCAUUGUCUGUUCAUCCUACACAGCCAACCUAGCAGCCUACCUCACCGUAACCCGCAUGGACAACGCUGUUCGAACAUUUCAAGACCUUUCCAAGCAGACAGAGCUGAGAUACGGAACUGUGAGAGACUCUGCUGUGUUCGAG